AUGACGUGGCUCGAGACUGUAUUCUGCUGCUGCAACAGAAGGCCGACGAUCAGAAGGUAAAUACUCUCGGAACGGGGAAAGGGAUCGGAAAGAAGUGUUUCAGGGAAAUAAAACUAGGAUGCUUUGGCAUCGGAGGCGCCGGAAAAACGACGUUCCUGAAAAUAUUGAAAGGAGGUUUGAGUGAUUCUUGAUUCGAAUGGAAAACGUCGUUGCUUUGCAGAGGAUCCCCGCGGGGUGCUCACUACAAACGGGUUCUCAGAAGUGAAGAUGGACUACGAUUCGCUUUUUAACUUGAAAAUCUACGAUGUCGGCGGGGACAAGGGCAUCCGCGGAAUCUGGAGUAACUAUUACGGAGAGGUUCCAAUUUCCUUCGCAUUUCCAGCUGAUAUCGUACUUAAUUUCAGGUUCACGGAAUUAUUUAUGUCAUUGACUACACGACGGACGACACAUUUUUCGAGUCAAUUGAAGUGAGUAACCGGCGGGAAAUUGUUGCGAAAUGUGUUUUGAAGCGUGAAUUAUGAAUGUGUGGGAGGGGGGGAUGAAUGCGGAAUUGACGAUAACUCAUCAGUUUCUGAUGAGAUGAGACGGAUGGGUUGGAAAGCGACUCAAGAGAAUUUCAGGCGAUGCGCCCGCUAAUAAAUCAUCCCCAAGUGCAGAAGAAACCCAUUUUCCUGGUGGUGAACAAUCAGGCGAGACGGGAACUCGACGACGUGGAAAUAUCGAAUGCGGUCAGUUUGAACCUCUUUUCUUCCGCCAUUCUCUCCUUUCUUUUGCAGACUAACAUCCAGGCAGGACAGCACAAAAUAGUGCUCUUUUCCCACUUCAAUCAGUACAACGGCUUCGUGAGUGAUUGCUCGGUAUCCCCACUGAGAAUCCACGUGUUUUCAGCUGAAUAACAUCAGAAACUCGACAAUAACAGUCUCUGCGAGGGCUCAGAAAGACAAAUUGGCUUUCCAGGAACAGUUUGUUCGAUUCAUUGACUGCGUGAGUGAAAGCACAGUAUUCCGUUUGCAAGUUAUUGCUACCCAACACAUCUAGAUACUUGCGACUAGAAAUUUGCUGUUAUUCCAUGGGGAAUUGCCUGUUUUCUUUUCAGAUUUCGGAUAAUUAUGUGGAGCUGUCGGAAGGAGUGAGGGCGGCCGAACUGGCACUCAGACUGAAGCAGGACCAGGCGCGAGAGGAGCGGCGUCUGAUGGCAAUGAAAGUGGAGCACGACGCGCUGAAAGCAGACGUCGCCGGCCUCGAAGGGUCCGUCCCUUCGCACCGUCCUUUCUCUCAUGAUCUCCUUCCUUCCAGACGUGCCCUUCCGCCUCCGCCGUCCCGCAAUCCGGUCCCAGCUGAUCCUCCGUCUGAGCCCAAGUCUGCCGUUGUUCAUAGAGACGAGAGCCCGCCCGUUUCCCUUGCCAGCUCCACAAUCCCUUCCGAUAUCAUCCAGGGAUCUCCGGAAGUCUCCACUCCGCACGAUCCUGUCAAGUAGGCCUUUUCUGAGAUUUUCGGAUGCACCGAUGGCUUCAGUUUUUGCAGAAUUUCUCAAACGAGUACCAAGCCUGCAUCACCGCAAUCCGCCGGGGAUAUGCACGAGCCAAAGAUGAUACUGAAAGACAAUUACUUCUUGCCACCCUCGACACCAGGUAAACCAGAAAGACGGGGCACGAAGGGAAUGUCCGAUUUCAGGACGACAGUUCAGCAGAAUUCAGAGGAUUCAGAACGUUCUCAGCAGUCGAGUUGCGCCGAAAUAA